GUGCGAGUCCAUGAGAGGUCAAUGCUGUGAGGUGAAGUCGGAUGACAGGCUGACAGCCCGGCCAUCUGAUAUCUGAUUGGCUCAGCCAGACGACAGCCCCGGUUUAGGGAGGAGCUCGGCCCAUCUCUGAUUGGCUGUCAAACAAUUUAGCCCCUGAAGGUCCCUUGCGUUCUGGCAGCCCUGCAUCAACACGGUGGACCUGGGCGGCCAGUGAAUCGCCAGUCGCACUGUCGCGAGCAGCUCACGUUGUCAACCCACCUCGACUUCCAUCCGACAGGUCUCCUUCCUGUCUGGACAGGACGCAAUUGUCAAAAAGGCCACUCCUUCCGACCCCCUCGCUGCCGAACGAAGCAGCCGCAUUGCCAGGAGUAGCAACGGAUCAUGCAAGAAGUGACGUCUGAAAAAUGGGCUCCGUCUCAAACGACGUUGCCUGACCACGAGCCACUGAAGUUCUCGCCCCGCGCCGUCACCAGACUAGAUGAGGAGGACGAAGACUGGCAGAGAACCUUACGGCCCGCCGUCCUUGAACCGAGGAGCGUUGCGCAUUCCCGAGAAUCGUCCCUCGACAAGUUUCAACGCACCCACCCACAUGUGCCGCCGCCUCGGGGUGCCCUGGGAGGCGUUAUUGAGCGAGUUGUUGAUCCCAGAGCUGCCUCGUACGGCCAUCACCGCCAGACCUCGAUUGUUCAUGGCAUAGGAAUCCAUCACUCGAGGAACGGCAGCCUUGCCAGCUCUUCCUCGAGCCCUCUCAGCCCGCAGAUGAUUGCUGCCGCUGGCGCAGGUCUCACACCUGAUAGGACGGAUAUGCAUAUUCAAGCCUUCUCACGGACGGAGGGUGAUACCGGGCCAGGAUCACGCCCUGUUACUGCUCUCUCCAAUGCUACGACAGCGGUCCUGAACCCGGGGCCUGGUUAUCCCGAAAGAACUUCAUCGGCAACUGAUAUGUCAGGCGCCCCAGCACAAACCAGGGGAACUCUGGAGAGAAUGCACAGUGGCAGUGGGCGGUCACGCCGUGAUCAUUCUCACCAUCAUUCGCAUUCAUCACGGGUUUCCAAGGAUGAGCAAAAGACCGUGGGGGAAUACGCGCUCCAUGUGCUUUUCACCUCGUUCAUUGCCCAGGCAGAAGAAAAGCUGAACGAGUGUAUAACGGCCCCGUUCGAACCGGAGCCGAAUGUCGAACAUAUCUGCGGGCCAGGGGCGGACCCUGCGUUUGACCAACUCAUUGUAGCUCUUGGGCACAUCUCCAAGCAGAAGCCAAAGCCAUUGAUCGAUAGUAUGAUGCUAUGGCGCAAGAGUAAGAGCGAAGCGGCCGGCGAAGCCCGAGGACAGCUACACCAGCAUGCUCGUAUCAAUCCUGCACCCCAUCCUGGACUAUUACAACGACGCAACACGGAACCUGUACAGCCCAUGUCCGCACAAGGUGGCCCGGAAGCUGGUGGGCAGAUGGGUCUGGCAGCCAGGCAGGAUUUCGUCGCACAGGCAGAGCGCCGGUCAACAGUUUCCAUCUAUGUGCUCUGCCGGGUUCUCCUUGAGGUCAUGUCACAAAGCACGCUGGCCUCCAUCACGCCGGAAAUGGAGGAGAAGCUGGAAUCGAUCAUUUUCGGCCAGUUGAAGAUGUCAGAGACAGAGCAGCUGAUGCUGUCGCCUCUGAAACUGGCCAACUGGAAUUUGUUCGCUCAGCUCCUUGGUGUCAUGAGCGACAUCGACUUCAACAGCGUGACUGCCCGAUUCGUCACCGACUUGGAUCGCUCACUGCAAGAGUUGGCGGCUAGAAGCCCCCAUGUCGAAAGCAGACUAGAGCUUGUUCUGGGCGGCAUGAAGCAUCUCCGCAUCAAAACUUCACCGGCGGCAGCGUGGGAUCAAUCCUGCGACUUCAUGGCAUCUCUUGGCAAGCUGUUUGGCCGGUCCAAAGGUGGCAGGGUCAAAUCGGCCUUCUGCCAGGUCCUCGAGAUGCUCAUGCUGCCCAUUGCAGCUGAAGCAAACAACAGUGAUAUUGCCCACCCAAAGUGGGCCGAGGUUCUCUCCACCAUCUGUCCUCGUCUGGCAGAAAUCAUGGCCAAGCCACGGCACUGGAUCUACGCCUUUCCCCUGACUGCCACUAUGCUCUGCGUCUCCCCCCCAGAGACUUUUGUCAGCCAAUGGAACCAGCUGAUCUACCCGUUGCCACCCAAACUCAAGGAUCGAGAGACCAGGCCAAUAUGCAUGCAGGUCGUUUCUAGACUCGUGUGGACAUACCUCUACCGCACAACAGAGAGCAAUAACGGGCCUACAAAAAGGUUGGAUGAUGUGAUGAGGACGGUGCUUCCGAAUCCCAAGAAGCCUUACAGUGCAAUAGACACCGCCGUUGUUGAGCCUCUGAUACAGAUCAUUAGAUUUGUUGGAUAUAAACACCCAGAACACUGUUUCAAGACUAUCAUCUUCCCCUUGAUCAGUGCUGAUCUAUUCGAGAAAAAGGACAGGGAACUCAGAAUCGAACAACUGGAUCCUGACCGGAUGGUUGUGGGAAUCCGGGCUUUUCUUACUGUUAUGGCGGACUUGGAGAAGGGCGACAAGGGCAAACCGCCAUUCCCGCAGGUAUACGCUCAUACUCAUGCUCAUGAAGUGAUGACACCAACCUCGCCAGUACUGCAAUCGCCCGUGGGCGCUCCAACAGUUCCCCCAGCGGCGUUGUCCGCUGGAGAGAAGCUCUCUAAGCCAGUCAUGAUUUCUUCUUUGACCCGAGAGGUCCGGGCGAACUACAACAAGUUCUGUGAAAUUCUCAACAAAAUCACUAUCAUCUGCGAUAAUACUUUUGGUGGCCAGGCAGCAUUGGACGAGAAGUUUGAGAGGUUCAACAGCCCUGGUCCCAAAACACCCAUUACCGAAACCUUCAACUUUAGUCGGCGAGAUGACCAUUCGAAUCCUCAGGACCAGAAGCAGGCAUUUUAUGAACUACUUCACGUAGCCGUACAAGCCAUACCUCGAUGUCUGUCUCCAGACAUACCCAUACCUUUCAACACUCUCAUCAAUCUGCUCUGUACCGGAACGGCCCAUGUCCAAUCAAAUAUUGCCGAAUCCUCGGCGCAGUCUCUGAAGGCUAUCGCUCGACAGUCACAUGCCCAUCAGGUCACAAUGGGCUUCGCACGGUUCAUCUUCAAUUUCGAUGACCGCUAUUCAACCAUGUCAGAUGGCGGCAUGCUGGGACCUGGCCAUAUUGAGAAGACUUUGAUGCUUUAUAUCGAACUUCUUCAUAUCUGGAUUGAGGAAAUCAAGCAAAAGACGAGGGAGGCCACGACUGAAAACGGUGAGCCCACUGGCGAUAAGCGUGGGAUCAAACUUGACUUGUCCAGCGUAUGGGCAGAAGUCGAUCAAGUCGAGGCACAUGGCCUGUUCUUCCUAUGCUCACAAUCUCGACGUGUUCGAUAUCACGCGGUCAACGUGCUACGAUUGAUCAGGGAGUUUGACGGUGUCUUAAGAAAGCCAGGCGGUGGUGGGCAAGAGACACAGAGACUUAUUGACAUCCUCGAAAAUGACUCCAUGCAAGUCAUGAACUUCAAUGAUGAACAGUUAUCAGUAGCGGAACGCAGCCGCCAGCAGCGAGGGAUGCAGACAAACAGCCAAGGAGCCUUGAUCGAACUCUGCACCAGCGAUAUGUCCUAUGACACAACCCUGUGGUUCAAGAUCUUCCCCAACUUUAUCCGAAUCGCCUUUGACAAAUGCCCCUUCACUAUCACAUUAACACGAGAUCUGGUCUGCGAGCGGAUUCUUCAGCUUUACAAGGUCAUCACAGUACUCUCGGAGCCAUCACGAGGGUUAUAUUACAACGACAUCAAUAGUGCCCGCCUCACAGCCAAGACGCCAACAAGCCAGCAAGAGGGUGUUGUUGAGCAGUGGAAGCUGUACCUUGUAUUUGCGUGCACAACGUUGGCAGAUCCGGGCAGUGGUCCCAAUGGAGCGAGCAAUGGGCAACAUGGUCGGAAGGGGUCUACGGCUGCCGAAAAGAUUGGUUCAGCCCGCACUCUCUUCAAAUACCUAAAUCCCUUGCUCUCCGUCUCGUCCGCCUCGAUACGGGAAGCAGUAGUAAUAGCGAUGGGCUCUAUCAACGUCCACAUCUAUCGCACUCUUCUCGAGGAACUUCAAGGCCAUGUCGGGCGCUGCAAUGAUGACGCUAGGCAGCGGAUUCAUCAGCGUACCAACAGCAGUCCGCGACGGAACCGAAAGAUGGAUAUAUUACGGACUGAAAUCACUCAUGUCUACAAGUUGACAUCACACUUCUUGAAGCAACAGGAAGUGUACCAGGAUGAGUGGAUUCUCAAUAAUCUGGUCGGAUAUGCCAAGGACCUCAAGAUCUUUUUGAUGGAUGGCGAAGUUCAAAUGGACUGGGAGUUCCAGAAACUCAGGCGUCAUUAUUGCGGGCUUAUGGAGGAGCUUUUUGAGGGUAUCAACCGAACCAAUGAUCCAUCUAGAUGGAUGACAUUUGAAGCUCGAAAGUCGGCAUUUGCUCUGAUGGAGGAUUGGUGCGGUUUCUCGCCGAACCAGCCACAAAUCCGACAAAGAGAAGACAACAUGAGGAAGUCAGUGAUUGAUCAAAAGGCUGUGGGUGAACGUGGCACUGUCACAGCAGCUAUGGAGAUUGAAAAGAGGAACCUUAGAACGGCGGCACUCAGUGCCAUGGCGUCCCUAUGCGGCGGACCCAUCAGCCUUACCACCGACGGUAGCUCUUCUCGGCAGUUCGAUGUGAGGCGGAUGCUGGCUUGGAUUGAGGCCAUCUUCAAUUCUGGCAGCGAUCGUAUGAAUGUCAUCGGCAGGAGAGCUCUCAAGAACCUGAUUGUCCACAACCAGGAGUUUGUAUAUCUCCUCGAACACUGCAUCUCGCGAUGCUACCUUGCUGAAGUGCCCAAGGUGCUGGAGAGUUACUUUACUGUCGUGACUGAGGUCAUUCUGGAACACCCCAAGAACCCCUGCCCCUUUUGGAAGCUUCUGGGUCUUUGUCUGUUUAUGCUGGGUAACGACCAAAGCAAAAUCAGAUCUAAGGCGGCACACCUCCUUCGAGCACUUGAAGAGCGCCAACCACAACCCAAGAGCUCCAAACUCCAAGACUUCGACAUUAGUAUAUCGGAUAAGACAAAGGCUGUCUACAAGCUCGCUCAGUUCGAGAUAUCCAAGAGGCUGGCCAAACGACACACCGAACUGGCGUUUCACAUCUUCUCCGAGUUUACGUUCUACUUUAAGGAACAACAAGGAUCAGCCCAAAGGAACAUCGUGGCUGUCAUCCUUCCUUGGGUACAAUCAGUCGAACUCAAAGUCGACCCGAAUGGCGGUCCGAUUGCCCAAUCAUAUGUACUGCUGGCCAACCUGCUCGAACUCACCAUCAAGUCUAGUGCGGCUUUGCACAAUGAAGUGCAGGCACUCUGGCAGGCGUUGGCUACGGGACCCCAUCCUGGGAAUGUGAGACUCAUCCUCGAUUUUAUCAUGUCGCUUUGUCUUGAGCGGAGGGAGCAGAACUUUGUCGAAUAUGCCAAGCAGAUUGUGGUCUUUUUGGCGAGUACCAGUAUCACCCCGGGCAACAAGGUGGUGGAAUUCUUGUUGUCGCAGAUCACGCCUAAGACGAUGGUUCCGAAUGAGAAGCGGGAAGCUUCUCCUCCGCCGCCGGAUAAUAUUGAGAAGCUGCCUUACUAUGCGGAUUUGGCCGUAGUCCUUCCUGUUGGUACGAAACAGGCUGGCUUUUCGCUUGGACAACUGUCUUUGAUCUUGUUGGUGGAUCUCAUGGUUGCGCCUGUGAGCCUUACCGCGGAGAAUGUCCCUAAUCUUUUGCAGGUGGUGACGGUGCUCUGGGAUCACUACACGCCAUUGGUGCAGGAGCAGGCUCGGGAGAUGCUGGUGCAUUUGAUUCAUGAGCUUGUCAUCUCUCAGCUUGAUGAUGAUGCCCCGGUGGAGAAAAGGAAGUCGAUUGAGGAUCUCAUUGAUGCUAUUCGACGCCAUGACCGGUCUGUGGUGUGGGGGUACGAGGACAGCAAUGGCAAGGUCAACGAGCAUGACAAUAAAGUCCCUCCGAGUAUGGAGUAUUUGACCACCGAGGUUGUCAAGACUUUUGAGCUUACCUUCCCUGGCAUCAAAGACCAAUGGGGCCGGCUAUCACUCACGUGGGCAACCUCGUGUCCUGUCAGACAUCUUGCCUGUCGGUCUUUUCAGAUUUUCAGGUGUAUUCUCACUUCGUUGGAUCAGCAUAUGCUUGGGGACAUGCUCGCUCGCUUGUCGAACACUAUUGCGGACGAGGAUAUGGAGAUUCAGUCGUUUUCGAUGGAGAUACUCACUACCUUUAAGACCCUGAUCGUCAAGCUUGAUGCAGAGAAGCUGUUGGCUCUUCCACAACUCUUCUGGACGACAUGUGCCUGUCUAGAGUCAAUCAAUGAGUGCGAGUUUCUGGAAGCAGUGGAGAUACUGAAUGAGUUCUUGGACAAACUGGACUUUGGGUCUGCCAAUGUGCGAAGGCUUCUCUAUGAUGGACAGCCUUCCAAGUGGGAUGGGCCGUUUGAGGGUUUGCAGCCACUUCUUUACAAGGGAUUGCGGUCGUCGACGUGUCUGGACUCGACAUUGCGGACGCUGGAAAGACUUGUGCAGUUGCCGAGCGAUGCCCUGAUUGGAGACGAUACUCGUCUGUUCUUUACCAUCAUUGCCAACUUGCCAAGGCUUCUGAAUGUUAUUGAUCAGAAGAUAUUGGAGGAAGAGGUGGUUCAGACGGCGAACUCGCUGAUGAGUGUUGCGUACGAGCGAGAGUUGAGGAGUAUUGCGCUGGUUCUUGACAAGUACCUGGCGAACAUGUACUCAUCUGGGGAAGACUUUGUCUCGCAGAUGCUGGCAGCUCUUCAAGACUACUUUCUGCCAGCACUUGACUUUCAUAUGAUUGCCAUGCUGAUGGGCUUCCUGACCAACGCGACUGCCUGGGUCAAGAUCAAGACGAUGAGGAUUCUCAGGGUAAUCAUCCCCGAAGUCGACAUGAGGAAGCCGGAAAUCGCGAGCCAUGGCUCAGAUAUGAUUUCACCCUUGCUACGACUGUUGCAAACAGAGUACUGCAUGGAAGCCCUCGAGGUUCUUGAUAACAUCAUGACCAUGUCCGGUUCCACCAUGGACAAGCAGCACCUCCGCAUGAGCAUGACCCGACCCACCUCCAAGGCCGUCCGAAAAGAAUACGAGCGCACUCAAAGUCUCUUUGGCAUCCCAGAAACUUCCGGUUGGGCGAUUCCCAUGCCAGCCAAAAAGACUGACUCUACCCGCGCCAACAUCCACGCCGCAUUCUACAUGUGCCAGUCGAUCGAAGGCAUAGCCGCCGAGCCAACCCCAACGCCCGAGGUUGAAUUCCACAACGAUGAAUUCCCCUAUGGCUAUUUCCCCACCUCGGACAGGGCGGACACCAUGAUGUCAGACGACAUAAGGGAUAACCCCCCCAUGGGCGACCUCGUCUCCAAACUUGACAGCCUAGACGACUUCUUCGACGACCUCUCCACCAGUCCACCGUCCGAUGGCCGUUCCUCCAGGACAGUGACAGAAUUCUCCCCUGACGCCUUCGAAUCCGACGCUCAACUCUACGACGAGCAAAUCCUCCCUAUUCUGCACCAGGCUUCCUCAAACACAAGUAGCAUGUCCUUCCAAAAUGGCUUUGCCGAUCGCCCCUCUUUUGUCUUGCCAACAAACGGUCUAGUAGCAGCCAACACGAUGACGCCGGGGGCGUUCUCGGUAACUAUGACCGGCACUGGAGGCGGCCCAGGUCCCGCAAACAUCACUCCGCCAAGCGCUAUCCUCCGUCCUGGUCUUCACGCUCGUUCGGUAACUUCCCCUUCGGCACCGUAUCACCAUCAGCUGGAUUUUGCCUCGGAUGACGAGCAUGAUACACCCCAGCAGCAGGAUUUUGUGGAGGAUGUCUUUUCUGAUGGGGAUGAUGAACGCCCAACUACGGAUGGAGGGAAUGGGAAUAGUAGUCCGUUUUUCUUGGAGAGCAUGAUUAGGAAGGGGGGCUUGAGAGGAAGGUUGAGGGGGGUGGGGACUGGAGGGACAAGGGAGAGGUUGCCUAGUGUGCAGGGGGUGUCACCAAGAUCUCAACAGCAGUCACGAGCGCCGUCUGCAAUGGGGGGAGAGGGAUUUGAGGGGGCGAGAGAGCAGGGGAUGGUGUUGCAGCAGAGGUUGCAGAUGGGUGGCUUUGGGGGGCAGGGGUUUGGGAAUAGGGAGUUGUUGUAGGCAGGAAAGGGUUUAGGACGAGAAGCCUGAGCUUGUUGCAAUCAAGGCCGGCGAGGGUUUAGUUUUCGACUUCUGCCGUCAUCAUUGGGGGAAGGGGGAAGCGAAGGGGAGGACUGUAUGAUGAUGGUGUUUGUGUAAUGAACAUGGGGGUGAUCUGGGGACAGAGAUGAGGAAACAUAUAGGGAUGAAGGAGAUGGGUAAAGGGAUGAGGCACGAUGAUUUAUAUAUGUAAUGUAGCUGUUUAUAUCAAUAUUGAGUAACCUGACAUACAAAUGGCACUGAAGUUGCCGACGCACUUGUGG